CGAAAACUCACGAUAAUGAAGUGCCAGAUGAAAAAGUGGCGCAUAGAAAGGCUGCAACUCGAGAGCGAAAAUAGGUCUCUGAAACAAGCCCUACGAUCAUUCGGUGCGAAGCUUGACGAGGUAUUGGGCCCUGAUCCCCUGCUCGUGCAUUACCGCGAGGAAAACGAAAGACUGCAGAAUGCAAAUGAGGGACUGACGGAAAAAGUUCGCAACCUCGAGGAGAGUCUCGCCGAACGAGAUUGCUGCGACGAUCCGUGUGAGAAAGUUAAAUACGUGAGAGAGAAAAUAGCAGCGCUGAGAGAACGUUUCGCCGACGAGAAAAAACAAAUGCGAGAUACGAUAUCGCAGCUGAAGCUGAAACUGGCGAAAGCCGAGGAGGAUAGUUCCUGCGCGGCAGUAAACCGUUUGAGGGCAAAGCUUCGCGAGUUAAUGAAAGAUGGUCAGAAGGCUGAUCAACAGGUGCCCAUGGUUGUCGAGAGAUCAAUGCAGACAUUAGAAGGCACUGUCGUUCUUCCGUCCGCAGACGAGGAAUCGAUAGACACGUCGGCACUAUUGACUCAACUGCGGAACUGCGAAACACUUCUCGCUGUAUGUAGAAUGCAACUGGACGAGAAAACGGCGUACGCGGAAACUCUAUUAAGUGAACUCGAAGUACAAAAAGCGUCUGUCGCCGCGUUGGCGUUAGAUUUGGAUCAAAUGACUGCUAGUUACGAGAUCGUUAUGAACGAGAUGAUCGAAGCGAAAAAAGAACUAGAAGGAAGGGAGGAAGAACCGGAAGUAUUCGAGGAACCUGAGGAGCUUGACGAUAAGAUUACGAAGCUUCUUGGCAGCCUGCGGCGCUCUGAACUGACUGUGCUAGGCAUGAGUAAGUUGCAAAGCGAGAUCGAAGAUAUGAGGUCCCAACUGCAUAAUCUCGAAGCAGAGAGAAAAGAACUUCUCGACGAAUUAGAGAUCGUGAAGGGAAUAGCGUCCGAAAGAGAUCUCAAUGAUCGAAUCAUCGAGCUAUUAGAGCAAAAGAAGAAAAUCAAAGAUGAUUGCGCGGCAAAGUUGGCGGCGGCGCAGGAGACGAUCGAUAUGUUUGUAGCACAGGAAACAAUUCUCAACAGAGAAAUCGAAGGACUAAAAGUUCGCGUGGAGGAGCUGGAGAUUUCUCGUGAGGUUGAGAUAGAUCACAAAGAUGAAGUGAUCGAGCGUGCCGACGAUGACGAAUUAAUACGCAAGAUACAACAAAUGGAAGAUGAGUUAGAGAAGCGAGCGGCCGAAACGAAUCAAUUGAAAUUAGAAAAAACAGCUUUGAAGGACGGUCUCGAUAAACUGCUCGAAGAAAUAGAUAGGCUGAAGGUUGAAAACAGUGAACUGAAGGAUGAAAUUGUUGUUGUUAGAAACGAGAGAGAAAUUCUGACAGCCAAGGGAGAAAGCUUGAAGUCUGAGAACAGUCUUCUUAAAGACGAAUUGUCUAAGACAAAUGCAGCGCUAGAUGACGCAAAGAAACAAUUGGACGAGUUUAACAUCGAGAACGAAGUUCUUCGAGAGGAACUAAAAUUGGAGAAGGUAAAUAAUAACAAGUUACUCGGGGACUUGAAUGCUUUGCAGGGUGAAGUGGUGAAGUUGAAAUUGGAGAACAGAAAAUUGUCGCAAGAGGCAGAUGAUAAAAAAAAAGAGCAAACGAAAUCACUGAACGAAAUAGAAACUCUGAGGAAAGAGAUAGACAAUACAAGUAACGAAUUAACGAGAGCAAAUAACGAAGUUGCAGAUUUGCGGAGGGAAAUGGCCGGGUUAAAUAAUGAACUGAAGAAAGCGAAAGUUACAAAUGAACAGCUACUGGCGGACAUUUACCGAGUGGAAGCAGAGAACAAAGCCAUUAAGACGGAAGCGAAUAACUACGGGGACGAAAAUGACAAGCUAAGGGUGGAGAUGAGCGAGCUGAAGGAAGCAAUAAACUUAUCGACGAGCGAAGUAAACAAAUUAAGAAAACAGCUAGACGAUGCCGAGAAUCAGAUUAAGUUUCUAGACUUUGAGAUCGCUAGUUUACAGACUGAUAAAGACAAGGCGCGAAACGAGAUCAACUCUUUGCAAAAUGACAUCAGCAAACUAAAACUAGAUCUAAGCGCGGAAAUUACUGCUAAACGAGACAUUCAGGAGGAAUUGGCGGCAUUGAAGAACGAGAUGAAAAAUUUGAUCCUAAAGAUCGAUGAGUUGAAAGUGCAGAAUCACGCUCUGAAAGAAGAGAGAGAUCUCCUGAAGAAAAAACUAUUGCGACUAGACGAGGAACUGUCGAGCCUAAAAGAUGUGAAUGCCGAGAUGACGAGCGAGAUUAACGACUCGAGACAGACUAUACCUAAUUUGCAGUCGCAGAUAUCUCAAUUGAAAAGUGACGUCGAACGUUGCAAGAUCGAAAACGACGAGCUUGAGACGAACGUAAAUAAUUUAUUCACUGAGAAUAAAAGAACGACGGAAGAAUUGAACAGCAGUAAGGUCGAGCGACAUGCAUUAGAAAAGGAGAUAACCAAUCUUAGGAAUGAGAGGAUUAAGCUCGAGGGAGAAAUCGCAGAGCUUAAAAAUCAGCUGGAAGAACUGAACGUAAUCUUAAUCGCCGAAAAAUCUGCUAAAGAAAAAGCUAUGAGAGAAUCAACGAAAGUUAGCGAUGAGAUCGUUGCGCUGAAAGAAGAACUCGACACAUUGAAGACCGAAUUGACUAAAUUAAGAACGGAAAACGAUAAGAUAAGAAGCAACGAGGAAAGUCUGUCGCGUCGAGUGUUAACUUUGCAGACGGAGAUUGGCAACAAGAAAAACGAGAUAUUGGUUUUGAAAACGGACAAUGACACAUUAAAAUCGCAAACAAUCGCAUUAACAACUGAGAAUAACGUACUGAGAGAUGAAUCAGAGAAGCUCGUGUCUCGAAUCGACGGCUUGAAACUUGAGAACGCCACUUUCAGAAAGGAACAACAGAAACUUAUUGAAGAAUUCGAUAAACUGAAAGGCGAAGGCGACGGUCAGAAAGCUGAGAUAGAAAACCUAAAGUCCAAUCUGACAGCUGAACAAGAAUUGUUGAAAAAAAUUCGAUCAGAAUUAUCCACUUUCAAAUCGGAAAACGAUAGAUUAAAAGAAGAGUUGAGAAAACUGCAGAAAGAUCAAGAUACGUUUAUACAAACGAAUGACAAGCUAAACAGCGAGGUAAAGGAUUUGAAGGAGACAUCGAUCGACGCUCAGAACAAGGUGAAUAGGUUGCAGGAUCAGGUGGCCGCGCUGUUAGACGAGAAGGAGGCGCUCUUGAGCGAGUUACACGGUUUACGAGCGGAAGUGAGUAGGUUAGAUAAAGAAGUUGUAUCGGAUAAAGAUGCGAGAGAAGUCGCGGAGAAAAAAGCGAUCGUUCUAAACGACGAAUUAACGGUGUUGAAGGCUCAAUUGGAUAAAAUGCGCGCGGAAAACGAGAGUCUGAAGAAGGAACAAAACGACAUGAAUGAGCGCCGCACCAUAUUGGAAAAUGAAAACUCCAUGUUGAAAACCGAAAAUACUAAAAUAGCUGCGAAACUCGAUUCCUUCAAGUUCGAUCUAACAACGGCGAAGAACGACCUCAAUAAGUGCGAGGAUCAGAACAGCAAGUUGAAGGUGGAGAUCGACGAAUUGAAGAAGAGACACGGCGAUGCGGAAACAAAGAUUAAAUUUCUGGAAAGACAGCUUGCUGAAUUGUCGAACGAGAAAGAGAAAAUCGAAAGAGAAAUGAAGAAUGCGAAGACUGAGGCUGCGAUCGCAAAGGCGCGUGAUGACGACGCGCGAGCGCAGCUUGAUAACUUAAUCAAAGAUCUAAACGCGGAGAAAACGGAUAAAAAUGUCGUCUUGAAAGAAUUAAAUGCCUUGAAGGAGGUUUUGGUCCAGUUUCGCGAUGAUUUGAAUAGAUGUCGAACGGACAACGAACGACUAACGACCGAGUUGUCGACUUCGGAAAACCGAGUGUUGAAAUUGCAGGCAGAUUUGGAAAAGACAGUAAUUGAAAACGAUGCCCAGCAAAAGGAAAUAGCUCGGCUAAAAUCGGAGAACGACAAACUGAGGAAGGAAUACAGCAGAUUAAAAGACAAAAAUGGAGACACGAGUGUCGAGUUGGGCCAGAUCGAGCUGGAUAAACGGGAAGAUGAUCUGGCAAGAUUAAGGACAGAGCAGGCUGGCGUGGUUAAACCGGAUGAAUGCGGCGACUUCGUUAAGGCGAAUGAAUUACUAAAGAAACAGAUUGAAAAGCAAUAUGACGCCGUGCAACGUGUGCGUGAUUACAUACACUUCGUUGAUGGGAAAACUUCUACAAAGCCCGCAAUGGCAAUUACAUUGGACGGCGAUCUCGGAAUCGAGCGGUGGACAGUGCCGGCCAUCGUGGAGUUAUUAAAAGAAUCGCAAAAGUUGUCCGAGAAUAUUUACUUGACCGAAAUCGAAAUACAAAGCAUCGACAAACUACUGGAAUCACUCAACAAAUACAAGAGAGAAAACGAGAUUUAUAUGAAGCAGUUGUCGGAGCUUGGUGUAGAAGUUACCAAGGUUGCAGGUGUAGAUAAUGGCGAUGAGCUUGCAGCUUUUGACCCUGAAUCUUGGUUAAAGUCUCUGACGCUGACGCAACUAGCCGAGCUGCACGAUAAAAUCUGUCUAUUGACUUCGAACAUGGUGCAACAAGAUAGCGGUCCUGCGGUCUGCGAUCGAUCAGCGAUUAAUUGGGACCACGGCGGCGAUCCACUGAAGGCGGAUUACGAUGCUUUAAACCGGCGGAUCGCCGCUCUGCAGAAGCAAAUAGCCGAGAAGCAGAUUGAAGCGGGGUGGAAGCUGCAGGAAUUAAGACAGGCUCUUCGUCACGAGCAAGCUAACCUGAUUCAAAUCUCCGAGCGAAUGAGUCUCGAAAGAAGACGCAAUUUGGUGCUCCACCUCACUAUGGACGAUUCGGCGUGAAGCUUUCCGCGCUCAAUUAUAUCCGUCGAGUGGUGUAAAGAAAGAAACGUUUGACUAGGACGCAGUAGGAGUUUCUCAUUAUGAAG